AUGUCUUUUGGUUUUCUACUGUCCUUCACAUUGCUUAUAGCGUAUGCCAGUUUCGUCUCAGGUGGAGACUGUGUGUCCUCAAGAAGUCACGUGGCUAGGGCUGGGGUCAUGGCUGCUGCUGUUGGUGUAGAUGACAUGUUUCCGAUGGUAUCAGCUUGGGCUGACACCAACCAUUUCAUAUUUACAGGUACGACCAUCAUAUUUUCAUACAUUGCUCAAGUGACGUUCUUGGCUGGAUGUUUUGUAAUACAUGGACGCCGUGUUGAGAACUCUCGCCAUUGUUUGACAUGUCAACCAGUUCUUACAGAAGAAGCACUAAAACAGAAAUGCGGCUUGUUUCGUUGCUGUUGUUCAGGAAAACCGUCAAGAGAAAGACAAGACUCUUUGCUUGAAAGAUUGCCACCACUUAUUUUGAAUAAAUGCCUUAUAACCACGAGUGGAAAAGUAGUAACAAUACUGAUAUUCUUAACAUAUCUCGGUGUUAGUUUGUGGGGAGUGACCAAACUAGAACAAGGACUCUUUCUAGAAAACCUCGUACCGCCAACGUCCUACUACUCUAAUUACAGUUUAAACAAUUGGAACAAGUUUUAUGGAACACGAAUUCCAGUUUCAUUUGUUUUAAAAAAGGAAACCGAUUAUUUUGAUGAAAAUGUGAGACAAAACUUUAAAAUGCUGUUUCAGAAGAUGGGUAGUGAUGAACACAUGAACAAUGCAACACAGAUUUGUGGACUUCUUGAUCAUGUGAACUCUCAGUAUCUCAAUAGGUCAUCUUUGUCUGAUUUUGUAGCCAAUUUCAAGUCAUUCCUCACUGUCAAUCUGUAUGCUAAGAACGACGUAGUGUUUAGUGAAUCCGACAACAAUAUCACUGCUUUAAGGUGUCACAUGAUUUCAAUGAAUGUCCCCGACUCGAUGGAUCAAGCCAAUCUUAUGCUCCGUAUGCGAAAUCUGGCAGCUGAAUCUCCACUACUAGUAUUCCCUUACCACUCAACAUUCAUUUUCUUUGAACAGUUUGUCUCAGUGCUGCCUACUGUUUUACAGACGUUGGGCAUUGCAGUCGUGGUCAUGGUUUUACUCACUAUGCUUUUCCUUUAAUUGUCGGCUUAGUAUGCAUCAACAUAAUGUUGAUUUUACUAGGAAUCUUUGGUUUCAUGCCUCUGUGGGACUUGAGACGGCUUCUCUGUAGAUUUCACAGUCCAUGUGUCGACAGCGUACAUGUUGGCUGAGGGAGAAACAAGAGAUGAAAGAGUUAGACAGGCUAUCAUACAUGCGGCGGGGCCCAUCUUUAAUGGAGGAUUGUCAACAUUUAUUGGCAUACUAACAUUGAUUAGAUCGCAAUCGUAUGUGUUUCAAUCCUUUUUUAAAAUUAUGAUAUUUGUUAUAAUCUUUGUUAUGGGGAAUGCUGUUUUACUUAUGCCAGUUAUGUUAUCACUGUUUGGGCCUAUGCCUAAAGGGGGCAAUUUAAGCCAUCGUGAUGUAAGUGAACAAAAGGACAGGAAUAUAUGUACCACUGAAGAUAAA